GACGGUUGGCGGCGCCAUGACGUCGCUCCGCGCGUUCACCUGCGACGACCUUUUCCGUUUCAACAACAUCAACCUGGACCCGCUCACGGAGACCUACGGGAUCCCCUUUUACCUGCAGUACCUGGCGCACUGGCCCGAGUACUUCAUCGUGGCGGAGGCGCCGGGCGGAGAACUCAUGGGUUACAUAAUGGGUAAAGCAGAAGGCUCCGUGGCCAGGGAGGAAUGGCACGGACACGUUACCGCCCUCUCCGUCGCGCCUGAGUUUCGCCGCCUCGGCUUGGCUGCCAAGUUGAUGGAACUGCUGGAAGAAAUCUCAGAGAAAAAGGGUGGAUUUUUCGUGGAUCUCUUUGUGAGAGUCUCAAAUCAAGUUGCUGUAAAUAUGUAUAAGCAACUAGGCUACAGCGUGUACCGCACUGUGUUGGAGUACUACUCUGCCAGCAAUGGAGAGCCCGAUGAAGAUGCUUAUGAUAUGAGAAAAGCUCUUUCCAGAGAUUCAGAGAAGAAAUCAAUUAUACCUCUGCCACAUCCUGUGAGACCAGAAGAUAUUGAAUAGCUGUAAGCUGUGAUUCUCAGGCAGCCCAUAUGAGUUUCAGGUUUCUUUUCUCUCCUUGCCCUUGAGCUUAAAUGGAUGUGGAGUCUUAGGCUCAAUGCUUCUCCUCUUCCCUCCAAAACUUCAAAAUAAUAUGGAGACAUUGGCUUACACUGCUGCCCAGUUCUAUGUCCCAGCAKCUUAAUGAAAGGUACCAGCAUUGUUUACAGUAAAUAUAAAAAAAAAAAAAAAAAUGCAGACAGGAAUCAAUUUUCAUUAUUAAGCCUGAGAGUCACAGCUUUGUAAUUCUUAUUCCUACCUCCUGUUUGAAAUGUUAAAAUUUGAAAUACC